CUGCCAUGUUGAUGCGCUUCCUCGGUCUUCUUCUCACAGGCGCCGCGACGGUGGCCGGCUUCACGGGCGACGGCACGGGCUACCACCUCUCGGACCCCAAGACGGGCAACUGCAACUUCAUGAAGUACCCGUCCGCGGCGACGACCCACUACGUGGCGCUGGCCCCCAAGUUCUUUGACCACACGAUGGGCUGCGGUAUGUGCAUCCAGGCCAAGUGCAGCGACAGUGCGUGCGCGGGUGCGACGGCCACCGAGACGUUGUACGUCGUCGACCAGUGCCCGGGCUGCAUGGACGAAGACAUUGACAUCUCGCCCGAAAUGACGUGGUCCUUCGUGCCGUGCCCGAUCUCGGACUCGAUCUCGAUCUGCAAGAAGGCAGGGAGCAACAACCACUGGCUCGCGCUCCAGCCGACCAACACGCGGACCGGCGUCGGGUCCGUCUCGAUCAACGGGUCGCCCACCAAGAUGGUCGCGUCGGCCUUCUACUUUGUCGUUGAAAGCGUCCCUGAGAUCGACCUCAGCAAGGUCCUCGUGUCCCUCUCGCCCGCGGGCGGCGGCACCGCGGUCUCGGCGACCGUCGAUCUGAGUGGCGAAGGCUGUGCGACGACCAGUGUCCAGUUUGGCGGCGGCCCGGCACCUGGCCCAGCUCCCACUUCUGCGCCGACACCAGCUCCGACUCCGGCUCCUACAUCCGCCCCUACACCCGCCCCUACACCCGCCCCUACACCCGCUCCGACGCCGGCCCCGACGCCGGCCCCGACGCCCGCACCGACAGACACCCCGACGACAACACCCCCUGCGACGUCUGCCAACGCUACGACAGCUCCGACGACGAUGACGCCGAUCCCGGCGCCGACCGAGGGAGCUCGGCUGGAGAGCGACGCGACGCCUGCGCCGUCCACACGCGGGACGACUCCGUCGCCGCCGGUCGUUGAGGUGUCCAACCAGAGCAAGGCGGAUCCCACUGGCACGUCGCCGCUGAUCAUUGUGCUCGGCGCGGCGUGCGCCGUGGCUGUCGGCGCCGUCGCGAUCGCGAUCGUCGUCAUCAAGCGCAAGCAGCGCAUGGACAAGGAGAACGACUUUGACAGCGACUUCAACCUCGCAGCCAUCGUGUCGCACCGCGAGUCGAGCGUUGCUGUCUUGUAACCACGGUGUACAUGGCUUGAACGUAGAUAGUAUCUGUCCUGUAUUUAAUCCUACCAACGUGGUAUCCAUAUAUCCCAAA